AUGGCGACCGUCGCCGAGCUGAAAGCGGCCCUGAAGGAGGCGCUGGCGCGGCGUGGCGCGCUGGGGCAGGUGCGGGCGCGCGUUCGGGCCGAGGUCUUCGCCGCGCUGGACGAUCCGGGCGAGCCGCGCCCCGCCGCCCCCCGCGAGACCCUCCUGCUGAACGAGCUCAUCCGCGAGUACCUGCAGUUCCACCGGCACAACGCGAGCGCCUCCGUCUUCCUAGCCGAGUCCGGCCAGCCCGAAAUCCCCCUGGACCGGGAGUUCCUCGCCAAGGAGCUGCACGUGGUGGAAGACCCCAGCAGCAGAUCCGUGCCACUUUUGUAUGGAAUUCUCACUCAGCUGUUACAAGGCAAUGAAGAGAAGCCCCCCACACACAUGUUUCCCAGAGCCCCCUCAUUGGCACCUUCAAAGUGGACUACCAGCAAGCCAUCUAAUUAAAGCAGCCAAAUGGAAACUGUUGCAGACUCGGAACAUGGUGUGAGGCUUUUGAAGAUACAUGGGGUUCACAAGGCAUUCAUAAAUAAAGUAACCACAUUUUUUAUGAGUAGCAGCUGUUUACAUUUAUUAUUGUGGUAAUCUGCUUGGUCCAAUAAAAUGGUUGAUUCAGAAGGGCAA